CAAAGAUACCCCGGAUUCCACUUUGCUGCCCCAGCGUGUUGCAGCAGGAAAGAAAAAAAAAGUAGCAAGGAUCGCAGCUUCCCGAGGCUUGAGUGAGCCCAGAGCAGGAGAAAGGUCCUCAUGCCGCUCAUCGCAUCGUGACCCUGCUGCGACACCGUGCACCUCUGCUCCCUCUCUACCUUAGUCCCCAGAUGCAAACAUGGCGAUUGAUCCAUUCUCGCCCAUUGCGCUCGCGCGCAUACGGGUGCUCCUGGUGCCCGUGGGCAAGAUAAAGCGCUCGCGAUUCAUGGGCUUUGUUGAGCGCUUGCAGCCCGAGAGCACGAUACGUCUCGGAGACGUCAGCCCAGAUCCGCGGCCAGACAGAACUAUGUUCUCUCCACAGCGCAACCCGGACGGUAUGUUGCUGUACUAUAUGACGACGUCAAUCCCUCCGCCCUCGUACCUUGCACUGUCUCCGCUGGAGCUUUUCCGCGAGCCGCUCAUGGUCAUCGGGCUGGCCGAUGGCGAGGAGUACGGGGGCCCUCAGGCCGCCGGGUUAGACAGCAGCGUGGCUUUGAACAGGCAGCAGAUGAAGGAUGCAGUCGAGGUGCUGCGCGACCAGUAUCCCAGGGCCCUGGUGCAUAAGGUGCUCUUCUUCGAUAGCUUGUUCUCGUCUUUGCAGACGUGGAUGCCUGAAGAGACGACGCUAGUGCCUCCCGCAUCGCAGUCCAACUCGACCACCCUAAAGACUGUAAUGUGCGAUUUGUCUGCGGUGCUGCUAGCCGAGAUGACAACGCUGGCAAGAUCAUUACAAGCCCUCCCAGAAGUCAACAUCACUGCCACCUCCACCCAACAACAUACCUCAAAUCGUUCAAUCUUCUCCAUUGCACGUCAGCCUUCUUUCGGCUUGGGCUCUCCCGAGUCUCCGGCCUCACGCUCAACCUCGCCGCUCCCAUCAAUCAACACUGCGUCCGCGGUGGCUAAGCGCGCCUCUACUCCUCUCCGGCUAGAACCGCCAGCACGAUCUCCUACCCCCCAAGAUGCCAUCAUGGAAGAUGCCAAGUCGCCUUCAGCCGACGGCCCAGCACUCAGCCCAGCACUGAGCCCCACCGAGGCAACGACCCCAACGUUGCAGCGACCUCGGGCACUGCAAAGAUUCUCCAUACAAGGCUUUGGUUCUGGCAGUGCGGAAGAAAGGGCGAGAGUUAGCAACGAAUGCCGCCGUGGUCUGCUGUCUGCAGAGGUAUCCCUAAUGGCUGGCCACGUUCAAGACGCCUUGGAACAGCUUCGUUUCUCCUCCCUUAGGGCAAUGGACUGUUCCGAUAAUCUUGCUAUCGCAAAGUCCAUAGAGCUGAUGCUGGCAUGCUUCCUCAUACUGCUGAGACUCGGAUCCCCUUUUGAGAUCCCCCCACUCUGUACUUCAGACCCGAAGGGUCCCGUCAUCGAGGGGAGUAAAGAAGUGCUGAUCAAUAUUAUUCCCGAUCUCUUCCAGAACGUUCAGAACUACUACGCUCUGGCUGCUAAGACUGAUAUGAACUGGCCGACACCACUUCUCAUCGCGGAAUGCAAAGUCCGCCACGCGAAGCUCCGUAUCUUUAUAUCGAGAUCCAAAGGCCAAGUAUUGUCAGAGCUCUUCGAUGCUCCGCAAAGGGAGUCGGGUCCGGACCAGGAAGAGCUCCCGCCCCUGAAAGGCGUGUACGGUGGGAUGGUUAAGACCAUAACGGACACCCUUUUUGAGGGUAUAGACCUCGUCAACAGCGCAGCUGCCGCUACCGAUCUUGAACGAGCGGUCAUCUACUCCGAGGUUGCCACUUGUCUAGCAAAAUUAGGUCUUGCAAGAAAGAGGGCGUUUGUGGUAAAGCUUCUCAUAGACGUUCUAAUCCCAGCUUUACUGCAGGCUCGCAAACUUGGAGCUGCAGAGCAGGGCAUACAUCCCGCCACCGGCAUGUUUGCUGGAGGGAUCGCUCAGGCAGAUCGGAAGAGUCCUCACGAUACACUCACCACAUUCCUCGAGGAUUUUACUGGCGCCUAUGGUAUUGCCAGUCGACAGUCGACUUCUCCGCAGGCCGCGGAUGACCUUAGCCAAUAUGGAAGCUUCAUUUUGAAGACGGAUGUCCUCUUGAGAUGCAUCAAUGUUUGCGAAGCGAUGGCGGACCUCGGCGGUGUUCUGAGGUUCUCUUCAACGCUUUUAAACAUUUCAGUGCCACCGGAACCUCCACGCGAGGAUGAAUCGAGUCAUAGAUCCUCCCUGCAUCCCCAGGAACAGGCCCGUCUGCACAGUAACAUCGUGCGAACUGCGCAAGCUGCUGCUGCAUUCGGUUUGCCAGACAUCCAAGCUCGGUACUGGUACGAGCAUCUUGUCCAGAGCGUGGAAUACAGUGCUGCCACUGUACCACGACAGCUCGUCAUGCACAAAAACCCCGAGAAAGAACGUCUUUUGGAGCUCGCCCAGAGGGCUCGUGGUAAUGCAAAGUUCGAAUUUCAAGCCUUUGGCCGACCGAGAACCAGAGAUGGCCAGCCUCCAGGUACGCCUCUUGUCGUAAAUGAGCCGGCUCAUUUCAAGGUCCACCUGCGGAACUCUUUUGCCUUCGAGCAGCCUAUCAAGUCAAUCAAGCUCGUGACCGAGGAGGGAGAGGUUCUCGAAGGAACGACUGAUAAUUCUGUCCACAUCCAGCCACACAGCUCCCAAAGUUUCAUCAUAGAAGUCGUUGCAAGAAGACUCGGCUCAUACAAACUGAGCGGUCUUCGCAUCAAGGUUGAGAAUUGUCACGAGGAGGAUUUCCCAAUAGCUUCCAUUGCGCUUGCACCUCGUUCGUUCGUCAACAGCUUUAAAGAACAGAGAACGAGUGUUGCUACGGUUGACUCCAUAACGAAGCAGCUGAAGCGUGCCAGCACUGAGACGCAUUCUUCGACUAGCACUUCUAAGGAGGUCGUGGAGGAAAAGAUAAUGACCGUCAAUGUCGUACCGGAGCAACCAACGCUAAGGAUGCUUGUUGCAUUAAGACAAGAUACUCUUGAAGUGCUUCAGGGCGAAAGGAAGACUUUCCUAGUGACGAUAGCUCACGAAGCACUUGCUUCUAAGAUCUCGGCCAAACACUUGAGCCUGAGUUUCCGAAAUGACGCGGUCCAGCUCUUCAAUGAAUUGAAGGAUAGCGAGUCAUUGUUGUCUCGUCUUUACGAACUGGAUCGAGCAAUUGAAAUCUCUCAAUGGAGGACAAAGGACAUCCACCUUCCGUCUCAGAUAUUGUCGACCGACAAUGCAACUUUCCAGGUUGAGGUUUACGGCACAACCAAGCUGAGCAAUGGAUUCAUCGACCUGGAAUACUCAGCGACGGAUCCACCUGCAGAAGUUGAAGGGUAUUUUGUCACAACCAGGAUCUCACGACAGAUUCACGUUUCAGUGGAACCCACCAUCCGUUGCUACAAUUUCCAGGUUCUCUCCGGGUCAGAGGCUGAACAUUGCUUCUGGGCGAUGUAUCCGAUGGUCGAGAAAAGGAAUAAUUUCGUCCUGACUUUCUCGUUUGAAAACAAAUCAACCCGCACCCUAAGCGUAGGGACGCAGGGCGAAGAGAAGGGUCUCAUGCUCACCGAUGGGCGCCAGCAGUAUAGGCCUGGCGAACGCGGUCACUUUGCUGUCCUGCUCAAGAAGAUUUUCGUGCCCCAUGGCGAGCAGCCAAUCCCUGACCCUCAAUAUCGUCAAUUCAUCGUCACGGCUGCGAAGGAGACCGACACGAUAUCCAGACAGUGUUUUUGGUACAAGCGCGCUCUUGUGGAUGCCGUUGGAGUCAAGUGGUUUGAGGAAUCUGGGGACGAGGGUACUCGCCAUGGUGACGUCGAUAUCGGUCACUUGGUGUUCUCCCCGGAGUGGCUUGGCCGUAUGAUGGCCGUUCUUGAUGUUAACAUGCGUCUCAUUAACGUCAACGCCUCUGCUCAGGAUCCGCCCGACCCCAUUCCGAUCUUCGAUGUAUCGAAUGAUCACACUGGUACCGAGUUCCGCAGGGUCGAGAUGAGGAAUGUGUAUGAACUCAAUCGCGGAGAGAAAGCCCAUGUGGUGACGGGCCUGAGAAACCUGACGGACCGCCGACAGCGUUUCUCCAUCACACCAACCUUGCGGUUGCUUCCGGAUACUGACGAUGGUCUUACGGCCAGCCAAAUGCUUGCUGAGCUCGACCCAAUUCGGCGCCUUGUGUACUUGGACCCCUACGAGUUGUAUCACUUCAACGCUGAAAUGACUAUGCCGGCGGGCGUGUCGCACGUUGACCUAGGACUCGAAGUUGCUGGCGAGUAUCCUGUCCACGACACGUCCUUGAUGUGUACGAUUAAGGUUUUGGAGGGGGCUGAGGACAGUGUGCCGCAAGAGCAUGGACGAUAGAGGAUCAAAUGGAGGCAGGUGUAUGAAUUGUAGGAGUCAUGACGAAGAUAAGAUGUGUAUGGUGAUAGAAGGUCGAGUUGCAGACGAGGCAUUAGUAGGAAGUAGAAUAGGCGAUCAUCGGGUCAAAGAAGUGUUCUAGUAUGACGGACAUGUUAGCGAGUAACGAGAGUCAAGGGCAUUUUAAGGGAUGUUUAGGGCUAGUAAUCAAGGUUACGAGGAGGGACUUGCUGGUUGCUGCUUUCGCAUUCGAGGAGGGUGAUGGUUGAUCAGACGCACGCGACUGGUCGCUCAAACGGUUAUUGUAUGGCUAGAUAAAGCAUAGUACGAGAGGGAUGUUGCUAGGUAGUAUGUAUAAUAGUUAAGAAGACAAUGAAAGGCUGCUGGUUGCUA